AUGGUCUACAUUAUGGAAAUCUACGCCGAUGGCGGCUGUCGAGGCAAUGGACAACCAACAGCGAUUGGAGCUGCUGCUGCCGUUUUCAAAAGCAAAUAUGGGAAUUACAGGGGCUGGACUAGGCCGCUGCCCUCCGAUCCUACGCCAACAAAUCAGCGUGCCGAAAUCACAGCCAUAAUCGUGGCACUGGAACAAGCCCUGAAGAAGUACGAGGAGCUAGAUGGCCGUCCAUAUCUCCAAGUCAAGAUCUAUUCCGACUCAAAAUAUGCAGUCAAUUGUAUGACAAAAUGGAUUUACAAGUGGACCCGGAAUGGCUGGAUUAACUCUAGGGGAAGAGAGGUUGCAAAUAGAGAUCUUCUGGAGGAGGCCUCUGAUCUUGAUGAGAACUUGAAAGAGGAGGGAGACGUGGAGUAUCUCUGGAUUCCGAGGGAGGAGAAUGAGAUUGCGGAUAGAAUGUGCAAUGAGGAGAUGGACAACCAAUGA